UACACUAAACGGCGAGCGAUCUACCGUGAAUGGCAAUCGAUCUACACUGAGUUGAAUUUGAAGCAAAGGAGAGAUGGGAGAAAGGAAGGUGUUGAACAAGUACUACCCGUCGGACUUCAAUCCGGGGAAGAUUUCGAGGCGGAGGCAGCCGAAGAACCAGCAGAUGAAGGUGCGGAUGAUGCUUCCCAUGAGCAUUCGCUGCGGCACCUGCAGCAAUUACAUCUACAAAGGUACCAAGUUCAACUCCCGCAAGGAAGAAGUCAUCUACGAGACAUACUUGGGGAUCCAAAUAUUCAUGUUUUAUUUCAAAUGCACUAAGUGCUCUGCUGAGUUAACAAUAAAGACCGACCUGCCAAAUUCAGACUAUGUUGUUGGGUCGGGUGCAUCACGGAAUUUAGCAUGCCAUUGCUCUCUUUUUCAAGAAGUAGAUAAGGAAAAACAAAAAAGGAAUACGGAAGAGAUGGGAGAUGCAAUGAAAUCCUUGGUGAAUAGAACCUUGGAUUCAAAAAGAGAGAUGGAUGUCCUUGCUGCCCUGGAUGAAGUGAAGUCCAUGAGGUCUAGACAAGCAACUAUCAGUGUAGAUGCAAUGCUGGAGAUCUUGCAGCGCUCAGCUGAGGAAAAGAAGUUGGAAGAAGAGGAUGAAGCACUCAUAAAAUCAUUAUUUGGAAGAGUACCAAGAGAGGUCGUUCGCAGGACCGAUGAUGAUGUUCUUGAUGAUGAUGAAGAUUUAUCUCAGAUUUCAACUGACAACGCAGAAACAUCAAACAAUAAUUCAAAAAGGAGAAAGGUUUCUGAAGAACUUCCCACUAAGCCAACAGAUCAUCUGACGGAAACAAGUUACAAUUCCAAGAAUGAAGAAAACAAAGGGUAUUCCCGGGCACUAGGUGACGGUAGAUUCAUUUUCAAGUCUCCGUCAGUCAGAGUUUCUGUUGUUAGGAAGCCAUCAUUAGCCUCCAACAGCAAUGGACCGGCAAAACAUGAGGAGGAGCGCAAAGCAAAUGUUUCUAGCUCUGGACUAAUGUCUCUAUGUCAAAACUAUGAAAGCGAUGAAGAUGAUUAGUUAGCAAUUGUAAAUUACUAC